UGCGCAUAUACCCAUUUACGCAAUUACGCAUUUGCACAGAAUUAUUCUGAACAUCCAAUUCAACAGGUCGCUGGGUCAAUGCGCUGCGGAAUACGAGUCACUCUGACCACCACUCAUUAAACCAAACCAACUCUUUUAAAAAAACACUUCCAUGAAUACACACCACCAAACACUUAGCUGACUCUCGUCCACAUCGCUUUGAAGAUGGACGCGAGCUACCUUUCCCAACAAGUUAACACCAUCAUCGGCCAGCUACAUGGCCUAUUCGACGAGAUUGGUGUUACUAGCCAUGAUCGCGAAACUAGGGAGGCCGAGCUUUUCGCAGCGCUCUCGGAAACCCUCAACAACCAAGUCAAGCAGGUGACGGCUGAGAAGAAGGGUUUGGUAGACGAGGCGCAACGAAUUAUCACCACAAUUCGUCAGAUGGAAGCUUCUCUCGACGGUACUCACUCGCAGCGUAACUACCAUACCGGAGACGACGAUCUCCGCGUCACUUACCCGCUCACACGAUGCCUGCCUAUGUUAAAGGAGAAGCAUAAGCAAAUAAGCAAGCUUCAUCGCGAGCGAUUUGAACAAGUCAAGAAACUUGUCCAGGCACUCGAGUCUUAUUCCUCCCACCUCGAGCCGACCUUUGUUAAGAUCGCGUUGCCGCCGACUGGGCAGAACCAGUCUAUUCCUCCUACCUUUGACCUGUCUCCUUCCUAUGUCAACGAACUCGACGACGAAUUUACGCGAGUGUAUGAAGAGUAUACUCGGCGGGUCUCGAUCGUCAAAUCCUUGUCAGAACACAUCAUCCAGCUAUGGGCAGAACUGGGCACGCCCCAAGCACAGACCGACGGGGCGAUCGUCAAGUACUAUCGCGAUGCACCCGAGCAGCUCGGCCUGCACGAAGAGGAUAUAUCCAGACUCCGCAGCAAAAAGGAUAAGCUAGCGGAUGAGAAGAAGAAUCGUGAGAAGCGCCUGAAGGAUCUCAAAGCGUCUGUCGAAGCACUAUGGAAUAAGCUGGGUGUCGAGGAAUCGGAGCGUAAGGCGUUCUUGAACAGCAACCGUGGUUGCGGCGUCCGACAAAUUAACGAGUUCGAAGACGAACUGGCAAGAUUAAACGAGCUCAAGAGACAGAACCUUCAUCUAUUCGUGGAGGAUGCGCGAUGCAAGCUCCAAGAGUUAUGGGACGCGUUGUACUUCUCAGAGGAUGAGAUGCUCGAAUUUACGCCAGCUUUCUCUGACGUCUACAGCGAUGCGUUGUUAGAAGCCCACGAACGCGAGAUCUCUCGACUAGAUACCCUACGAGAGCAGCGUGCCCCCACUUUAGCUUUGGUCGAGAAACAUCGUACCCUCGUCCACGAUCGUGACGAGCUUGCUGCUUCUAGCCAGGAUGCGUCUCGACUAAUGAUGCGCGGCCAGAAGGGAGAACGACGAGAUCCUGGUAAGCUGUUGCGAGAGGAGAAGAUGCGAAAGAGAAUUGCCAAGGAACUGCCCAAGAUCGCCGCGGAGCUUGCUAAAAUGCUGGAGAAAUGGGAAGACGAGUACGGUCGCCCAUUCCUUGUUCACGGAGAAAGGUACCUAGAUCUACUAGAACCCGAAGCCCCUGCACAGGCCCCGGGUGCUAGAUCGAAGACUCCUGCAGGCCCUCCACCGUCGGCAAAUAGGGGCGUACAGAGAGCAGCGCCACCCAGCCGAGGCAACAGCACUACUAGCAAGGCGGCUACUAUUACAAGAUCGAAGACGCCGACAGCGAACGGGAACGGGAAUGGGAAUGGGAAUGGUACCAUCAAGAGAGCUGGGCCUGGCCAUGCAUCGAAAGAGUCGAAAGACCUGAAAGACUUGAAAGGCAGCCCGUCUAGGAUACCGGCACGAGUUCCCUUGUCAAAUCUCAAGCAUGGUAGCAACUCGCCUGAGAGACCCCGACCUGAAUCGCGAGCAGGUCAAGGCGUCCUGCGCCCCGGCCCCCCGCUCAUGCGCGCGCCACCUCCCAAGAUGAGAGACCUAGGACCGCCUCCCGAGUUGGAGACGCCGACCAACCCUUACCGCAACGUUGGGCUUGGUUCAGGUAGCUUUGUUCGAGCUGUCGACCCUGAGGAUGUGUACGAUGACCGGGUGUUUAACGAUGACCCAUACGAGCGAAGCUCAUAUCAGACUUACACGAGGUCCCACCCGCAUCAAAAUGGGCAGAUGCCUAUACAAAAUGAGCGUCUUGCACAGUCAGCCUAUCCUCAAGCGCCUCCACCUAGACAGAUUUCGAACACGUCUACAGUCGUGAGCGGAUCGGAGAACUGGGAGACAUACGAUGAUAAUUCCGAGCCUGAGCCGGAUGCGUCUGAUGCAUAUUACGCUAAGGUACGAGCUGCGAGAGGAAAGCGCUUUACGCCCGAGAACGGCUAUCCGCAUCCCCAAGCAAACCAGCCUAAGCGACAGCGAGGUAUCCCCCCGGCAAUGCAUGCUGGGCAUGCUGUAGACGCUGAGGGCAACCGCAUCAUUUCAGGCAGUGAGUGGACAGAUGAGGAUGCCUACUAAGUAUUUAAUUGUUCUUACUGCUGGACGAUAACGAGCUCCGACAAAUUACGCGAUUCUCUGUUACGAUUCAUUGGAUGCCUCUCACGAUCGGUCAUCAUCAACGGCGCCCUUCCGAAAGUCCCUCACGUUAACGUUCUUGGUCAGUUCUUGACACUUUCGAUUUCCGCACACUACUUCUUCUCUUUAUCUUCCUGUAUUUGUUUUUAAUUGCAUUAGGAUUUCUACCGCCGCAAGGCCCCUAAGGUGGAAUCCUCUUUCGACAAAUUGGGCGUCCGUCCAAUUGAAACCAGUCGAUAACACAUAGCACCUGAG